CACUACUUCACCAUCUCGAAGCCUUCCUCCCUCUCCAUAUUUUUCAUCUCGACCUUGAGCUUUUCAUCUCGUCUCAAACAGUUCAGGCAUAUAGCAAAAGCUGAUGCCUGCUUGGCUCUUUGUAGCCUGCCACCAUGGAGCCCCAUACCCCCCUCGAUGAGCCGCUGGAUGCUUGUGUUCCGGACGACGCAAUGAACGUCGAUACUUCUACAACUUCACCCACUCGGCGCGGAAGAUCAGGAACAAUAAUCCCAGCCUACGACGAGGAUUACAAUGAAUCAUCACCUCGGCGUAUGGAAUCACUUCAGAAGCUCCAUGACCUGAUCAAAGAACCGGUUCCGGCACCAUUCUGGGCAGUUCUCAUGUUUUCCGAUGUGGAAAUGCUGGAGGAAUUCGUUGAAAUGGCAGAGAGAUGCCAAUGUUUAUUGCCCUUUUGUAUGAAUGCUUGUGCUGCGCUUCCGUUGACUUGGAUGCAGAAAGAACCUAGACUCUCAGGAAGCGCAAGUAGUUCAACCUCUUCCCGUUCAUCAUCAAACUACAACAGAAGCCAAAAGCUCCGAGCUAUGGUGACCAACCGUGACGGACAUCGAUGCGUCAUAAAAUCAACAGAUCCCUUUGAUGUCGCCCACAUAUAUCCACAUUUUCUGAUAACAGAUCGAAGCCCGAAUAUAACGAAGACGUACCCGCCGCUGUGGGAUAUGUUGAAAUACUUUUGGUCCAGCACAAGGAUCAAAACCUGGAAAGACAAAAUCUUUGCGGAUCCGACUCAGCCACGAAAGCAAAUUGAUUCGAUUGAAAACCAACUAUGCAUGUCAAAAGACCUUCACCACUUAUGGACCGAAGGCCGAUUUGUUCUUCGACCCCUUGAGUACAACGCGGAUAAAUCUGUUCUAGAAGUUGAGUGGCACUGGCAGGGCAGGGCGAACCACAAUGGCACGGUCAACGUUAACACUCCGAUUCAGUCCUCUCGAGGUUUAGACGAUCAUCUAACUGUCCACGGAGGUUCCCGCAAGAUACUGAUUCCGUCCGCCAUCCGUACUGGCGAUAAAUUUCAGCUUAAAACAAAUGACCCCGUCAAUCUUCCACUGCCAAGCAAAGAAUUGCUCGACAUGCAAUUCGUUUUAUCACGAAUAGUCAAUUUGUCCGGAGCUGGCGAGAUUUCUGAUAUGUUCGGAGGUGACAAUGAUUCCUACGGUGAUGCUCCCGUUUUGCUGCCAGGUGAAGCCAGGGGGACUACCAUCAUGGACUGGCUGUCCAGCUUGGGUAGCUACUCGGAGGGCGAUGACGAUGAUGAGAGAACCCAAGAUACAUCGGGAAUUCCGUCGCCUGCUAGCAUGCGCAAAGCUCAGGUUCAGACUGGUAAGGAGACGGUUCUGGAUGAUUCUACCGUGGUUUGACAACCAAAUUCAAUUCCAUGUACCUUGAAAUGAUUUUCAGCUGUUAUCUUUCUCCUAUUUUUUUAUCCAAUGUGUUUUCCAAAUUGCUUUCUCACUAGCAUGUUAACGAUCGUCUCAAUUACAAUCAGUCUUUUAAUUGUUGUUCCCACCAAGCAGCCGGCACAGGAUUCGUCAACGUUCGCCCAUCAGGCGCAAUCACAGCGCUAAAUCCGCCACCCACAACACCCGGCGUCAUCAAGCGCGUUUGUUUGUAAGCUCUGCUGAUAAAUGUAGAGCUGGAGAAACGAACUAAUGACAGCCGUCGCCUCCGCAGCGAGUGGGCGAAGCAGUGAGAAAGGCAGAAAGCAGGAGCCCCGACACGGCGGUAGCUCCCCGAGCCGGUUAAGAGAAAUCUGAAACAGUACACCAAAGCAUGAUGAUCUCUCCAUAGGGGAUUUUUGUCGGAAAAGCCACCUAGCUUUCAUUGGCUCUGAAGUCUUGAUAUCAUUAGAUCACAGCCUGAGUAUACCAAUUCUAUCCAGCCGUUUGGGCGGAAUGGCCGUUCGUCCUCUAGUCACCAAGUGUAAGUAGCUCCCUCGGCACGAAGAGAUAUGCAAGCAUCCACCAAGUCAUUGCUAAGCCUUUGUCCUCAUGAAGGACUGGAUUGAAGUAACCUGCGACUUGUCCCUCUUAUAUGCUGUUAAAGGGGAACGUAACAUUAGGUAUCUGCUUGGGCCAGUGGGAAGACUUGAUAGACAAAGAGUCCCGGGAAAGAUUUACCAGGCGUAUUCGUAUUGAGUAGGCGAAGAAGGAGCGAAUAUACAAAAUAAUAUCGAGCGCAAGUUC